AUGGCUGAUCGUAUAGUAGACACUGUCUAUGGCUGUACUCCUCUAACUUGUGCCACCUCCGACGACCCCAUCCUGUUCAAUCCCGACGGCAACAUCCCUCGCGCGCUCAAUGGGCGCAAACUUUCGCUUACACCAGACCAACACGCCGCCAUAGCGUUGGGCUUGAACAAGCUCCCCAUUGUAGCUAUUCAAGCUACCUUUAGAACUGGAAAAACCGUCGUUGUUGCGUAG